AUGGCCAAUAUUGUCCAUACCCCAGCGCCCUCCUCCCGCCACAAGCGUUCAUUCGCAGACAUGGGCCCCGAUCUCGACCCCAAUGCCCCCCAGCCAAGCGGCAGCCAGCCCUCGUCCUCCCAGUCCUCCUCUCCCUCAAGGGAACACAGCAAGCGAGCUCGCAACAACGCCGAUUCGUACGCCACCGAGCUCGUCAACGACCUCACUGUCCCAGACAGCACCCUCUCAUCCUCCUCGUCCAGUGGCAGCCACACCACCUACCACUCCGCACACUCCUCAUUCUCCUCCCCAUCGCCUGAGAUUCAUCCCGCUGACCCAUCCCUUCACGAGCUCAAUCCCCUGGUCCCCGACCCCGCCCCACUUACAGGCGAAGCGCUCAGCAUCCCGGCCUCGUUUGCCGCUCAUCUGCCCUCUGCUCCUUUGCAGCCCACCCAGAGCACGUCGAGCCGAGAUGACCAGUUCCGCCUCUCCAUGGAGCGUCACGAUGCCUUUGACCGCGAGAUCUCGGCCUUGCGCCACUCUCCCGCCCGGGAACCGCCCAUAUGGUCUUCCUGGAGCGGACACGCCCCCCUCUCGCCUUCAGGUGCGUUCCGAGUCUCCUUCGCUCCAGGGGUUUUCUAUCAUCUCAACUAUGUCCGAAAGCUCGGUUUCGAGGAAACUCCGGACUACGGCUUCCUAAGAGAGCUGUUCGCCAAGGUGCUCAAGAACAACGGCGACAUCGAAGACAGCGUUUACGACUGGAACCUGCUGAAUGGUAAGGCUCAUUUCCGCCCCGCCUCCCGGAUGUACCCUGGAAGACCACCGCUGCUGCGACUGGCACAUACCCCGACCUCACGAUGUACUAUGCUACGGUACUACGACUGCGCACGCACCGCUACCGCCGCCGCCAUGGUCUACGACCACAACUACAACCAGCAGCAACAAGCAACCGCGCCUUCCGCCGACUUCCGGAGCCAGCUGGCCCAGCACGCGACCAACUACGGGAGCCAUGCUGUCGAUUACCCACCUGCCGUGGCCACGGGGUACGACGCUAUGCAACACGCCGGCUACAAGAGCUGCGACAACCAAGAGCACAUCCCGCGCGUGCAGUCCCCGAACCACACCUUCGCAGGCCCCAGUAACAUGACCCCGCGCGCCACCUCAUGGAGCACCUCUCCGCCGCAAGUUUGA